AUGGCCCCUCGAACACAGCAAUUGCCUCUCAAGGAUUCGCCGAUGACGGGGAACAACGAAACCUCGUUGGCAUUAGUCCUCGAGGACUACGAGAUAUUCGAGGCUGAGGCUGCAGAACUCAGUAUUGAGGAAGUUGAUGAUUUCUCAUCCUCGUUGUUGCUAGAUGUGGAAAAUCCCAGCGGAAACGGGAAUGGCUACGGUCACGAGAUUUCUCCCCUUUUCUGGCCUGAGCAGCUACUUGCCUAUACAGAUGCCCCGGCUUUGGUAAACGCCGUCAAUUCGGAUUUGACCGUUUUGUGUAACCAUCUCAAUCAAACCAGGUCGCUUCAAGUGGUUCCGUGUGAUCAAGCUCCCGAAUUGACCACUUGCCGGCUCACUUGCUGUCAAGCUGGCGUUGAAUGGUUUACCACUNCCACUCAUUUGCCCUCGUGCAAUACCGGGACUGAUCCAUCCACAUCAGUGAAUUCACCUGUGCGUAGGCGCACACAUGCGGGCAAUGAGGCCCUCUAA